UUAUCUUUCAUUCAUCUACUCUUUACAUUGAAAAAAAAAAAAACUCUACUCCAUCCAACGAUGACUACCAUAGCUGCAUCUGGUCUCAGCGUGGCGACUCCACGAGUGGUCGUUGUACCGACGGUUCGUGUAUCAGCUCCGGUCCGGUUGAAUUACCCGUGGAAGUUGGGUUCGAUGAACAGGCUGGUUGUGGUUAAGGCGACAUCGGAAGGAGGGAUAUCGGACAAGGUGGAGAAGAGUAUACAAGAAGCCAAGGAGACAUGCGCUGAUGAUCCGGUGAGCGGAGAGUGUGUGGCGGCGUGGGACGAGGUGGAGGAGCUGAGUGCGGCGGCGAGUCAUGCUAGGGACAAGAAGAAAGCUGGUGGCUCCGAUCCUUUGGAAGAGUACUGCACUGACAAUCCUGAGACUGAUGAGUGCCGUACUUAUGAUAAUUAAAUAUAAUCUUUUAAUGCUCCGAUCGAUAUCUGAAAGUUUAGGUAUAUGGUCAGAUCUCGAUGUUUUUUGUUAUUGUUCUUGUUGUUGUUGUUGUCCCUUGUUUUGUUUUUGGUUUGGUUGAUGAUUGUAAUGUGAUAAUGAAAUAUCAGAAUAUGGAUAGUACAAUUACAAUACAUACCAUACAAGGAGUAUAUUUCUCUA